AGCCCGCAAGUUUUGUUCUUGAGACCAAUGACUUUGCUCCGCCGUGAGGUGGAAAGCAGACCUCCGAUUUGGACGUUUAGGGAGCUGGGCUUGCACUUGGUCCAGAUUCCAGUUUGCAGUGGAACAUUUAUUGAUUUUUGGUUGAGGAUCUACACCUGUAACAUCUCUGAAGUCUUCCCAGCAUCCUUCCCCUGGCCUCCUACACAGUCAAAGUUCAUGUUCACUGAAAGAAGUAUAUGAGCUAGCUGUUCAUGAGGCCACCCACCAGACUUAAUGAAGGAUGCCAACGUGGAAGAAUUUUGAUGUUACAGUGUCCUCACUCGAUAGUGUAUUUCAUUCUUUUGCAAUCCUAGAAAAAAUGGUGUUAUUUCACACUAUUGUGUGAAAUAGAAGAUCCUUUUCUAUUUUUAAUGACUAACAUGUAUUAAGAUGGACAUUAAUUCAACAAGAUACCAAGUUCUAUGGUGUCAAAGYAGCAAGCACCCAUUUGAAACUGAUCCCAAAUAAAAACAGACCUGAGUGGACAUGAGAAUGUUUGUUAGUGGCAGAAGAGUAAAAAAAUGUCAGUUUAUUCAGUUAUUUGCCACUUGUUUUAUACUAAGCCUCAUGUUUUUUUGGGGACACAUUGAUAAUCACAUCGUGAGCCAUAUGAAGUCCUACUCUUACAGAUACCUCAUAAAUAGCUAUGACUUUGUGAAUGAUACCCUGUCUCUUAAGCACAGCUCAGAGGGGGCUCGCUACCCAUACUUGAUUAACCACAAGGAGAAAUGUCAAGCUCAAAAGGUCCUCCUCUUGCUGUUUAUAAAGACCGCUCCUGAGAACUACUAUCGCCGAUCUGCGAUUAGAAGAACGUGGGGCAGUGAGGAGUAUGUUCGGUCUCAACUCAAUGCCAACAUCAAAACUCUGUUUGCCUUAGGAACUCCUAAUCCCCUGAAGGGAGAAGAACUACAAAAAAAACUGGUUUGGGAAGAUCAAAUAUACAAUGAUAUCAUUCAGCAAGACUUUGUUGAUUCUUUCUACAACCUUACUCUUAAAUUGCUUUUGCAGUUCAGUUGGGCAAAUACCUUUUGUCCACAUGCGAAAUUCCUGAUGACUGCUGAUGAUGACAUAUUUAUUCACAUGCCAAAUCUUAUUGAAUACCUUCAAAGUUUAGAACAAAUUGGUGUCCAAGACUUUUGGAUUGGCCGUGUUCAUCGUGGAGCCCCUCCCAUUAGAGAUAAAAGCAGCAAAUACUAUGUCUCCUAUGAUAUGUACCAGUGGCCAGCUUACCCUGACUAUACUGCUGGUGCUGCCUACAUCAUCUCUGGUGAUGUGGCCGCCAAGGUCUAUGAGGCAUCUCAGACACUGAACUCCAGUCUGUACAUAGACGAUGUGUUCAUGGGCCUCUGUGCCAAUAAAAUGGGGAUAGUACCACAAUACCAUGUAUUUUUUUCUGGGGAAGGGAAAGCUCCUUAUCAUCCCUGCAUCUAUGAGAAAAUGAUGACAUCUCAUGGACACGUACAAGAUCUUCAAGACCUUUGGAAGGAUGCCACAGAUCCUAGAGUAAAAACUGCUUCAAAAGGGUUUUUUGGUCAAUUAUACUGCAGGCUAAUUAAGAUUCUUCUCCUUUGCAAAUUGACCUAUGCAGACACGUAUCCUUGUAGGGCUGCUUUUCUCUAAUAGCACUUGAAUGUUUUUACUGUCACUGAGCCAAACCUGGAUGGAAAACCCAUUAAAUGUUUGUCUGAAUGCAGAGUAAAUGAAUAUGAAAGUCAAAGAAAUAUUUUGAAAGCCCAGUCUAUCAGAAUGUUUCUUUGAUUAUAGAAGCCAUUCAAUAUCACUUAUCUGCUUCAUGGCCUAAAUUCAUUUCAAGGAGUUCAUAUUUACAAAAGGGUUAUAUCAUGAAUAGAAACAAAACGAAUGAGAAAUUCACCUUCUCAUUUAAUGCCACAUGUAUAUUGG